UGCCCCGUGUGCCGUGCGGGCGGGUAACUGCGUGCUGAGAUGCGGCCUCCCCUUGAGCGCAGCGUCUGGCUGGACGGCCGCGGGCUGGGGCGCGAAUAGGACCGGAGACGCGGAGGGGCCGCUUGGAGACCGACUGAGCGCGAGGCGGAGAGGUUACAGGAUAAAUGCCAUAUGAAAAAGUUUCAUCUGUCAUGGAAAAACGAGAGACAUUUGUACAAGCGGUGUCUAAGGAGCUGAUUGGAGAAUUUUUGCAGUUUGUUCAACUUGAUAAAGAUGCUUCUGACCCUUUCAGCCUAAAUGAAUUACUAGAUGAAUUAUCAAGGAAACAGAAAGAAGAGCUAUGGCAAAGGCUCAAGAAUUUAUUAAUAGAUGUGUUGUUAGAAAGCCCAGUGGCUGGGUGGCAGACGGUGGAAGUCCAGGGUGAAGAGGAUAUGGAAACAGAGCAUGAUUCAAAAAUGAAAAAAAACAUAGAAAUAAUUCAUGCAGUUACAUCUGUGGUUCUUGCUUCUGUAUCUGUAAUAAAUGAAAGUGAGAACUAUGAAGACUUACUGGAAUGUGCAGUUAUGUUGAAUGGUAUUUUAUAUGCAUUACCUGAUUCUGAAAAAAAGCUGCAGAGUUCCAUUCAGGACUUAUGUGUCAUAUGGUGGGAGAAAGGCCUGCCUGCCAAGGAAGAUAUGGGAAAGACUGCUUUUAUUAUGCUGUUAAGGAAGAGUCUAGAGACUAAAACAGGUGCGGACAUAUGUCGGCUUUGGCGUAUUCAUCAAGCUUUAUAUUGCUUUGAUUAUGAUUUAGAGGAAAGUAAAGAAAUUAAAGAUAUGCUACUUGAGUGUUUCAUAAGUGUUAGAUAUAUCAAGAAAGAAGAGGGAAGAAGAUUUCUUAGUUCUCUCUUCAAUUGGAAUAUAAAUUUUAUUAAAAUGAUCCAUGAGACCAUUAAAAACCAGUUACAGGGAUUACAAAAAUCUUUGAUGGUACACAUUGCAGAAAUUUAUUUCAGAGCUUGGAAAAAGGCUUCAGGGAAAAUAUUGGAGACAAUCGAAAACGGGUGCAUCCAGGACUUCAUGCACCACGGGAUCCACCUUCCGCGCAGGUCUCCAGUGCACCCCAGGGUGCGCGAGGUGCUGAGUUAUUUUCAUCAUCAAAAGAAAGUUCGUCAGGGAGUGGAAGAGAUGCUUUACAGAUUAUAUAAACCCAUCCUUUGGAGAGGACUAAAGGCCCGAAACUCUGAAGUCCGGUCAAAUGCUGCCCUGUUGUUCAUUGAAGCAUUUCCUAUUAGAGAUCCAAAUUUUAAUGCUAUUGAAAUGGAUAGUGAAAUUCAGAAACAGUUUGAAGAACUCUAUAGCCUUUUAGAAGAUCCUUAUCCGAUGGUCCGUUCUACAGGGAUCCUUGGUGUUUGUAAAAUAACUUCCAAAUACUGGGAAAUGAUGCCUCCAACCAUUCUUAUUGAUCUCCUCAAGAAAGUAACUGGGGAACUGGCAUUUGACACAAGCUCAGCUGACGUGCGCUGUUCUGUCUUUAAGUGUCUGCCGAUAAUUUUGGAUAACAAAUUAAGCCACCCAUUAUUGGAACAGCUUCUGCCAGCACUGAAAUACAGUCUCCACGACAAUUCAGAGAAAGUGAGAGUGGCUUUUGUUGAUAUGCUGCUGAAAGUCAAAGCCGUGCGGGCUGCUAAGUUUUGGAAAAUAUGCCCCAUGGAGCAUAUUUUGGUUCGUCUGGAGUCAGAUUCCCGGCCUGUGUCUCGGCGCCUGGUGAGCCUUGUCUUCAACUCUUUCCUGCCCGUGAACCAGCCCGAAGAGGUGUGGUGUGAGCGCUGCGUCACGCUGGUGCAGAUGAACCCCGCAGCCGCCAGGACGUUCUAUCGGCAGGCUCAUGAGCACACCGCCUGCACGAACAUAGCAAAGCUGAUUCACGUGAUUCGCCACUGCUUGAAUGCCUGCAUCCGGAGGGCCAUGCGCGAGCACCACGAGAGCCACGAGGAGAGGGAGAAGGAGAACGUUCUGGACAAAACAUUGUCUGUAAGCGAUGUUGCAUCCAUGGCCGGUUUGUUAGAAAUCGUUGUGAUUCUCUGGAAAAGUAUUCACAGAAGUAUGGAAAAUAAUAAGGAAGCCAGAGUUUACACCAUUAACAAGUUUGCCUCUGUGCUCCCUGAGUACCUGAAAGUCUUCAAGGAUGAUCGCUGCAAGAUCCCUUUGUUUAUGCUCAUGUCCUUUAUGCCGGCCUCUGCUGUGCCUGCAUUCAGCUGUGGUGUGAUUUCCACAUUAAGAAACCAGGAGGAAGGAGCAGCAGACAAGCGCUAUUGUACUUUGUUGGACUGUCUCUGCUCCUGGGGACAAGUGGGACACAUUCUGGAACUCAUCUGCGACUGGCUGCCAGAAGAACAACCCCAGAACAAGAGUAACUCAGCAUCUAAACGGAAAGUGCAAAUCCAUGACACACGCCCAGUAAAACCUGAAUUGGCCCUGGUUUACAUAGAGUAUUUGCUGACCCAUCCAAAGAAUCGACAGUGCCUGCUCUCUGCUCCCCAGAAGAAACUUAACCACCUUUUGAAAGCACUUGAAAUGUCAAAGGCCGAUCUGGAAUCAAUUUUGCAGUUGCCAGGUGGGAAACCUCAUAACUUUAAUGAAGCAAUGGCCCUGCGAGCCUUCAGCCUCCACUGCCGGCUGAGUAUUCAUCUUCAGCACCAGUUCUGCUCAGAAGGGAAAGUUUACCUGUCCAUUUUGGAAGACACUGGGUUUUGGUUAGAAAACAAAGUUCUGUCUUUUAUUCAAGAUCAAGAAGAAGAAUAUCUCAAGCUUCAUAGGGUUGUUUAUCAGCAAAUCAUCCAGACCUACCUGACAGUAUGUAAGGAUGUUGUGAUGGUUGGCCUUGGCGAUUACAAGUUUCAGAUACAACUUUUACAAUGGAGUCUCCGAAUCAUGCAAACAGUGGUGGUGUUAAAAUCUUUUCUCUGUCUUUACUAUAACUUUUCUGUAGGUAAACAGAGGAGUUCAAAAGUGAAGGAUGUUGCAGCCACUGUUCACAGAAAACUGAAGACGUUCAUGGAGAUCACUCUGGAUGAGGACAGCACGGAGAGGUUUCUCUAUGAAUCAUCAUCAAGAACUCUGGGAGCAUUUCUGAAUUCAUAACCAAGCCAACAUCUUUGGUCAUGUGAAAACAGAGAAAAGGAUUUAGCAAAAGUGAAAUGAAUGUGUAUUUUUUAGUGUUUUUAAUGUUAGUAGCCCAUAUCAUAGGGGUGGGAUUUAUUUGGGGAUUUAUAAGUAGGAAACUCAAAGGUUCUUAAGCUUUUGCCUGGUGCCCGCGUUAAUAAUAUAUUUAAUAUGAAGGACUCUAGGUAUCAGUAGUCAGUGCAGAAACCUGUGGUGCGAGGGAAAAGACACUUUUCUAGCAAAUGCGGUUGUUUUAAAAAUGACUUUUUAUAUAUAUAUAUAUAUAUAUAAAAUGUUGCUUAAACUAUGAGUAAUAAAAGCGAUGACAACA